AUCUUCUGACAGCUAUUUAUUUAUAAGCAAUUUCUGAGUUCUGUGACCUAACUCUCGAAGUUUAUUUUAUUCUUCAGCAUUUUUUUAAAAAGAUUAUCAGUAUUAAUAUUUAUAUUGGAUAACAACUUAUAUUUCACAAGAUGAAGUUUGCUAUACCUGAAAUAUCAUGGCAUAACAGAGAUCCAGUUUUAAGUGUAGACAUUCAGCCCAAAACAAAUGCAAGUGAACCACUGCGGUUAGCUACCGGGGGCACAGAUUCUCAUGUUGUGAUAUGGUAUUUAUCAAAAACAAUAACCGGUUCAGUGAAAUUAGAAGUCGCUACUGAUCUCACCAGGCAUCAAAAAGCCGUUAAUGUAGUGAGAUGGUCGCCCAAUGGUGUCUACUUAGCAUCUGGAGAUGAUGAAUCUAUCAUAUUUAUAUGGAAGCAAAAGACUGAGGAGCCAAUAGCACCACCCUUAGAGGGAGAGGAGCAGUAUAAAGAGACUUGGGUUAUACAUAAAACUUUAAGGGGUCACAUGGAGGAUGUUCUGGACAUCAGUUGGAGUAGUUCAUCACUACAUUUGGCAUCCGGCUCAGUAGACAACAAGCUGAUUGUCUGGGAUGUGGCGAGAGCUCGAUCUAGUGGUAUUGUCUCUGAUCAUAAAGGCUUUGUCCAGGGAGUAGCAUGGGACCCUCAAGGACAGCUGAUAGCCACAGCUAGCUCGGAUAGAGUUUUCCGAACAUUUGAUGUGGGGACUAAGAAAGUGUUGUCUCGUAGCAGUAAGGCUAUUCUACCGUUCCCUAAGGAGCAUACCCUACAUGAAGUGAAGGUCCGCCUCUACCAUGACGACACUCUACAGACGUACUACAGGAGAUUACAUUUCAGUCCCGAUGGAAUGUUCAUUGCUGUGCCGGCCGGAAGAAUAGAACCAGAACAAGGCAAACUGGACAUUAAACCAAUGAAUGCUGUUUACAUUUACACUAGACACUCUCUCAAAACUCCUGCGUGUGUGGUUCCGUGUGGAGAGCCGGCGCUGGUGUGCCGCUGGUCGCCCGUGCGUCGUGCGGCGCGGACUUCGCCCCCCGCGCCGUCUGCUUUGCAGCACGCCCCUCGGCUUCUGCUGGCGGUGGCCACGCGGAGAUCGCUGCUGUUGUACGACACGCACCAGAAAGCGCCCGUCGCGCUCAUCUCAAACAUACACUACACCAGGAUCACAGACCUUUCGUGGUCUUCCGACGGCCUGACCCUAGUGGCCUCCAGCACUGACGGUUUCUGCUCCGUCGUCAGUUUCACCGAGGAAGAGCUGGGCGAGGCGCUCACCACCGCGGACGCCGUUAGUGCAGAGCCGAUGGAAACGGAGGAACAGAAACAUAACCAAGAAACUCCUAAACAGAGACACGCUGAGGCGAAACCCAUAGAAGUCAAGCGGAGGCCGUCCUCGAACAACACCAAAAUAGACGCCUUCAUUAAGUUUAAAACUCCCGAAGAUAAGUCUCCGAAGAAGAAGAAGAUCGAAAACAUUCAGCAGAAGACGCCCGUCAAGAUGGACGUCCUCAUGGAGACCGCGCUGCCAUCCUGGUCUGACAACUCCAGCAACGACCUCAUCAGACCCAAGGACACGGAGACCGCGACCCUCGGCGACGAAAAUGACGUCACCGUCAUAGAGGACAGCGAGGACAUCCAGCUGGUCUACGAGGAGACCAAGGACGGCCAGUCGCCCAAGACGGAACCCUCGGAGGAAAAACCUGCUCCCAAGACGAUGUCUCCCAAACAAUGCGGCACGGCCGACAGCAACUUCCUAAUGAAGGCAAAGAUCACCGACAUCAGGGAGCCGGCGCCGCUCACCGCCGUGCCGAGUCCCAAGGCACCGCGGAGAGUCAGCUUCGUGACGCUGUCGAGUCCUAAGAGCACGAAAAAAAAUAAACUUUUAUUGUUGGAGCCCCUGCGACUGUUAUCUCCACACGGUCUCCAUCGACGGAUCGAACUGAACGUUGAUAACGUCAAUGAUUGCCUAGCACCAGUCUGA